CUGGGGGAAUGGACGACGAGUGGGGAGCUGCCCCGGGGAAGCGGGGGGAAGAGGUAGACCACUAGGGGCCAGCCCCAGAGAGAGUAGCGGGUCCAAGCCCAGGCUGGCUCGGAGCAGUAGAGGAAAGUGAGAGCAGAGCUUCGGGCGGGGCACAGUUAGUUUUCUCGUUGACACUCUGGAACAGCCGCUACACCAGAGACAUGAGAAGUCCCUUGGGCGCCACUGUUACGCGGGAAAGCGGGCUCCCGCAGCUCUUCUCGCCCAGCAGUCCGAGCUACGAUCUCUCAGGCAAGGUAAUGCUGUUGGGAGACUCAGGCGUUGGGAAAACCUGUUUCCUGAUCCAUUUCAAAGACGGGGCUUUCCUAUCCAGGACCUUCAUAGCCACAGUCGGCAUAGACUUCCGGAAUAAGGUGGUGACUGUGGAUGGCACAAAAGUGAAACUACAGAUUUGGGACACAGCAGGGCAAGAACGAUUCCGAAGUGUCACUCAUGCCUAUUAUCGGGAUGCCCAAGCCCUGCUCCUGCUCUAUGAUAUCACCAACAGAUCUUCCUUUGACAAUAUCCGGGCCUGGCUAACUGAGAUACACGAGUAUGCCCAGAGAGAUGUGGUGAUUAUGUUGCUGGGCAACAAGGCGGAUGUGAGCAGAGAAAGGGUAGUCCGUUCAGAAGAUGGAGAGACAUUGGCCAGAGAAUAUGGUGUGCCUUUCAUGGAAACCAGUGCUAAGACGGGAAUGAAUGUGGAGUUAGCCUUUUUGGCUAUUGCCAGGGAACUGAAACACCGAGCGGGACAACAACCGGAAAAUGAGCCCAGCUUCCAGAUUCAUGACUAUGUGGAAUCCCAGAAGAAACAGCCUAGUUGCUGCCCAUUUGUGUGAGAAAAAAGGGGCAGAGGAAGUCUGGGGAAAACCAGUGGGCUGAGAAUAUUCCCCAUCUCUAAAAUGAACUUUUAAACACCUUAAUUACUCUAAUGGGGGCAUGAGUCCCCAGUUGAAAACAAGAGGCAGAAGCAUAAGGAAUGCCAAAGAAAUAUGUUACACAAACACACCAUCCCAUCACUGCUUUCUGCCAGAAGGGACCUAUAUUUGUGCAUCAGACUUUUCCUUGCCGCCCUUUUCCCAGUGGUUAUAGUUUCUGAGUCUCUGGACAUUUGAGGACCAAAGAUAGCUUUAAGUUAAAUUUUGUUCUAGUUCCACAAUAGUGAAAACUUUGGAAAAUAGAAAACCUGAUUCCUUCAGAGAAACAGAGGCCAGAACUAAUAACCUCCCUAUUACUUUUAAUUCAGGGCCCUUCCUUCCAAACUUCUCUGGUAAAGCCCCUCAAUCAACCUGUGACUCGAGGGACUCUGACUUUGUUCCAGUUCAUCAACAGAUCCCAGAAAAGGGCAAUUAGUGGCCACUAUGUCUCUUAUUAGUUUUUAGCCCAUGAGAGACAGACAUCCUUUGUAUUUUCACAUUCUUUGACUUUUCAGAGGCUCAUGGACUACAAUAAUCACUAAAUCACUGUGGUCUGACCUGAAGUAUAAUUCCCAAGUCAAAUGAGUGAAAAUUUCAGGAGAGUAUAGAUGUAAAGGUAUGAAUUGAGUUUCAGAGAGAAUGAGAGAGAGAGAGAGAGAGAGAGAGACAGA